GCGCAAAAAGAAGAGCAGUGACGGAGCAGAAUGAAUUCACUUUCUGUUUUGCUGAACUGAGACUGAAUAUCGAGUCAGCAGGUCGAUCCUCUGUCUUCAAGCGGAUCUUUAUUUCUAGGAUUUAUUUUCCGAUGGGUGACAAACAGGCAACACGCAUCUGCGGCACGUGCCACAAAGACGUCGCCGAGGAAAACUUCGCUCUGCAUGAAACGCACUGCAGACGCUUCCUGUGUCUCUGCCCCGACUGCGAUGAACCAGUUCCCAAAGAGCAACUGGACCAACACAGAGAGGAGCAGCACACCGAGGUGAGAUGCUCCAAGUGUCACCUGAAGAUGGAACGUCGUCACCUCCUGGAUCACGAGUCCGAUGAGUGUGAGGAGCGUCUGCAGAGUUGUCCGUUCUGCGAGCUGGAGCUGCCGUCUAAAGAUCUGGACGAACACCGUCUGGCCUGCGGGAGUCGCACCGAGCUCUGCAGGGACUGCGGCCGCUACGUCACCCUGAAGGACCUGCCCGGCCACGGCGCCGCCUGCUCGGCUGCCAACGGCGGCUCGGGUCCUCCUCCAACCGCCAGCAAAGUAGUGCCACCGAACAAGAGUAAGGAGAUGUUGGAUGUGAAGCUUCAGCACAAACGCAGCUAUCGUCAUGUCUUUUCUAUUAAACUACGACCGUGUCUUGGUUUCUUUUUCACAGCAAAAACAACGGCGCGUUGUAGCAGAUGUAUGGCAUCUUUUCCUGUUCAGGAUAUAGAAGAACAUGAGAUGGUGUGUCUUCUAGCAGCCAGGUUGGAUGACGAAGAGGCUGCGUCAGAGGAGGAAGAAGUGAGUGAGGAAGAGGAUUAUUUCACCGGGCAGAGGGCCACCCCUUGGCUUUCAAGGUGCUACCAGGCAGGCUCCCAGUCGGACGGGCCCGGCAGAAGAACCGGUGUCGUUGCAGGAGACCCGGACCAGAUCAGCACCUGCCCCCACUGUCACCUGGCCCUGCCCGUCGUCACACUGCGCUGGCACGAGGUAAGAUUCCUACAUCACACAGCAUUUUGUAUGCGUUUAAAAGUCGCCUACUUGUACGAUGUUUCACCCGUCCUCUCUGUUUGUUUUUAGGUGAAAUGCCAAAUCUUCAUUAACUUAAGAUAAAAAGAGAGAGAGCGCUGCUUCAUCAGCAAAGGGAUGGAAGACGAGUGUUUGAGCAUAUCACUGUCAGCCCACUUUAGAUUAUUUUAAUGAAGGUAAACAUUUCGUUUUUAGUUUUAUUCACCUUUAGUUUGAAUCAGUGUGUAAAUGACUUUGUGCUUGCAUGGAAAGAAAGUGACUUAAAUAAUAAAACUCUGUAUUUAAGUACAGUUUACACACUUUGUAGCGCUGCUUUUGUUAAACACAAACAAAGCUACUGAACCGGAACGCUAUAAUCACCUCUUGUUGAAAUCUGUGAUUUGAAUGUUUUGAAUCAGAGACAUUAUGUUUCGGAAUUUUCAUUAGUGUAAAAAUGGAACUGUUGCUGCUAACGUUUACAUUAAAAUAUUUACAUGUAAAAAAUCUGAGUAUUAGUUUAAAAGACAUAUAAAUAAGUUUACUUAGUUUAAUUGUCUUUCACUGUGUAUGGAGUCCAUAUGAUGUCUAGUUACUAUUAUAAAUGUGAUGUGUCGACAAAUUUAAGCUAAUCUCACAUCACCAACAUUCAGCUUAAUGUUAUUGGUAUUAUGUAAUUUGAGGUACGUUGUAUUAUCUUUGUGAAAUGUAAUUUUUUUUUAAUUGCAGUUUAUUUACUGUACAGUCUAGUUAAACAAGUAAUAUAUUAAUGUGUUGUUGGUUGUAUUUCAAGAUAUAAACAACUUUGAUUGUAAUAGUCAAAACUAAACUAGAAAAUAUUUCUUUAAAAGGAGCAGUGUGUCGGAUUUAGUGGCAUCUAGUGGUGAGGUUGCAUACUGCGUCCAACUAAAGACCAGUGUCCCUUAAAUCCUUUAAAAAAAUAAAAACAUACCUUAAAAAAAUUUAAGU